AUGGCGGCGGGAGAUGAUACCACACCGACCGAAACACCGACCGUCACCGUUGCUCAGCUGGAGGCUCUCACAGCUCAGAUGAAGCAGAACGAAGAACGACUUGCGCAAAUCCAGGCGGAGAACGCAACCCUACGAGCAGAAAACGCGUCAUUGACUCAGGCUCGCAAUAGAUAUCGAGACCGGUUCCCUCCUAUGCAAUCGUUCGACACUCCACCACUUACGGGUGCAACAGGAGCAGCCCUAGGAACAGGAGCUACCGACGCUGCGCAAGGUAACCAAACAUUGGUUCCACCCCUUGCACCAACGAUGGAACAUCAAUCUGAAGACUCGCAUACUAUGUUCUCAAAGCGAUUGGAGGCUAUGGAGCUCUUGCUCGCGCGACUUCCAGGAGUAGCUCCUCCAAUCACCAAAAGUGCUCCUAAUUGCUAUGCAGACACUCCCUUCACGGAUGCCAUCGCUUUGGUUGAGAUGCCAAAGAAGUUCAUCGUCCCUUCAAUGAAGAUGUACGACGGGACGACCGACCCUGAUAAUCAUAUAGCCCAGUACAAGCAACGCAUGUUCACAACGGCAAUAGCAAAAGAAUAUCGCGAAGCUAGUAUGUGUAAAGGAUUUGGAUCUAGCCUCACGGGACCAGCUCUUCAGUGGUUUACGAACCUACCGAACGCGUCAAUCGACUCGUUCGCGUCAUUGACAGACCGCUUUGUUGAGCAAUUCGCGAGCAGCAGGAACAUAGAAAGGACAGCCGACGAUCUCUAUGAAGUGAUACAGAAGAGAGGAGAACCGUUGCGCGAUUACGUAGGUCGCUUCAACAAAGAGAAAGUAUCCAUUCCGGCAUGUGUCACGUCCACUGCCAUCUCUGCAUUCAAAAGAGGAUUGCUCCCAGACAGUGAUUUGUACAAGGAACUGACGAAGUACCAGUGCAGAACGAUGGAAGAUGUGCUAUCUAGAGCAUGGGCUCAAAUAAGGUGGGAGGAAGACCCUGCAUAUCGACACCUACUUUCCCCACGAUCUGAUUCGCGUGUUGUUAGGAACGAGCGUCCCUCUCGAGAUGACAGACCGUACCAGAGACCACGCAGUGAAAGCACUAGCAAGAGAAGCGACAGCAGAAGCGACCAUCGACCACUCAACCAAAUUGAGAGCGACCAACGCUCAUCAUCCACAUGGCCAGACAUGAGUAACCUCGCAAUAUCUCCUGCAGAACUAGUCAAUGUUCUUAAUCAUAUAUCUGGAGUAAGAUGGCCUCAAAAGAUGAAAGCACCAGGGGAACGAAGAGACACAUCAAAGUGGUGCGACUUUCACUCUGACCAUGGUCAUAGAACAGAAGAUUGCAUCACGUUGAGAAUGGAAGUAAACGAGCUACUAAAAAAAGGUCACUUGAGAGAAUACUUGUCCGACAGGGCUAGGAGUCGCAUCGACGACAGAAGCAAUGACGAGGUGCAAAGAAAACCAUCUCCUGCUCAAUCUCCGGAGCAUGAUCGAAUCAUCAACGUGAUAUCGGGAGGAUCAGAGGUUAGUGGAAUUACUCAUUCUGCUGCUAAAAAGAGUACUAGAAUAGCUAGAACUCAUCAUGGAGAUGUCAAAGCUAUAUGCGAGCGACUGUCGAAGUGCACGAUUAGCUUUGCUUCAGAUGAAGAUAAGUGUGUCCUAGCUCCACAUCAUGAUGCAUUAGUCAUAUCUUUGACAAUUGCUAAUAGUCUGAUGAAAAGGACACUCGUUGAUAAUGGGAGUUCGACCAACAUUCUCUUCAUGGAUGCUUACAAAGGAUUAGGGCUGGAUGAGAAUGCACUGACGCGAAAAUCCACACCACUGGUAGGAUUUAGCGGUGAAGUAAAGCAGACCAUAGGAGAAGUGACGCUGCCUGUGUAUGCAGGAGGAAUUAACCGACAGACAAAGUUUCUGAUACUAGAUUGUGCUACUGCGUACAACGCAAUUAUGGGACGUCCCUGGAUUCAUGACAUGGGGGCAGUGCCAUCGACACUCCAUCAAACCAUAAAAUUUCCUACUCCAUGGGGAGUCAAAGAGAUCAAGGGAGAACAAGAGCAUGCACGUUCAUGCUACCAAACUACCCUAAAAGGGAAAGGUCAUGAGCUAUAUCAACUAGAGAUCCAAUCGUCGAUUCCACAUACCAAAGAAGCAGAGGUGGAACAACUCUGUGAGAUCCACUGA